AUGGAUGUGUUCCUGGCCAAGCUGUCUUACCAUGCCACCAGCUAUGCCAUCAGGACAGGAAUUGCUCUCACUUCAACAUACGUCAUACAACAGGGCUCACGGCUCCUGAAGACUGUUGAUGAUGACCCCUUGCGUCGCGAGCUCAGCCAACUGCAACGCCGUUUGGCUCGCAAAAUCGAGGUAGGUCUCGCACCCCAAACAUGUGCAUGGGAUAUUGAUAUGCUCCGACUCGGUCAUCUGAUCUCUCCAAUCUUGGAAUCCAUCGAGCUUCGUUACACCCGAGGGGAUUCGGCCCUAGAAACCGUGGUGCGGACAGCACGGGCACUACGGGAAGACAUCGACUCGCUUGGGAAACGCCUCAAGAAUGUUGCCCUCGAUCUGGAGGAGCCGAGACGUGAAGCCCGCGAUCCAGUCGCCGCGGCUGCUGCACGGCGUGCUGAGCUUCUACUCGUCGUCCAGGAUACUAAGGAGCUCCUCGUUAGUAUCGACGACUCCAUACCCCUGAUCAACCUUUGGGUGUCUGCCAUCGGUGGCAUACAAGAACCGCCAUCGUCAUUCUCACCCUCCCGAUUGCUGCAGGCCAGCAUGCUGGUGACUGUGGGGGAUACGCAGUUCAUCCUGGACCCAAACCAACCUAUGCAGAUCGGUCCAGAUUUCACCUUAUCCCUGUAUAUGCUGUUCCGGGGACAUGCAUCUGCUGAUGGGACCGAGGAAGCAUACGGCGUUGAAGAAGGACAGAGGAAACCGAUGUGGCAGGAGGUCAUCCACAAGGCACGAGUGAGACUCUGCCGGGUACCUCUCGAAGCAGACCUCUCUAUGACAGAUGGUGCAGGGAUUAACAGACUCCGUGCCCGCUAUGCUUACCAGCUUCAAGUUGUGGAAGACCUAGAAGAUGGAAGAGUUCACACCUUUGAGGAGGGAGAGCCACAGCCCACACCUUACGAUGGCGUAUCUCUUGCAGGUAUCCGGGAAGACGUUGCAAUCCACCAGAUAUCCAAGAUGUUUUAUGCAGAUGUUGGAAAGAUACUCAACAUCAACAACGACGACGGUGCCUCGAGCAAUCCUGUCCUGCUCCUGAAAAGGGAUCCGCAAGCUCUGCCAGUCAAAACUGCGCCAGGUCCGAGUGUCCCAGAGGAUCAUCCACACUUGAUUGAAAAUAUAGAGGAGAGUGCCGCUUCUGAUGAUACGUUAUCAGAAGGGAACUCACAAGACGACAUUGACCGCCAGCUCCAGCAAGAGAUUGAGCGCGGCGACAUAAUACCUACCUCCGCCUUGAUGCCCCCGAACAACCGGCAGUCAGCAACGGUAAAGGACGCCUGGCGGUUACCGCAAGAUCUCGACCCGGAAUGGAUGGCACUUGAAGUGUUCGAGAUAAACGACGAUUCGGACUCGACAGAUGAGGACGAGCCGACUCCAGACGAAGACGUCUCAGACCCUGGCAGGCACCGCCGUCCAAGGCACUCGUCUCGCCCUUCGGUGGAUACGAAUCUUGUCACACAGAUGAACCGAAUGGGCAUCGCCUCGUCGCGCCCUUCAUCUCGUGACUCGCAAUCAGAGCCACCCGCACAAACUCCAGUCAUCGCACGGACGCCAGAUGGCGUCCAACAGCACGACCCUCCGCCUACGGCCCUCAGCCCGACUAUGAUAGAGCGCUCCCCGUUCGGCGCGAUCAAGACCUCGCUGUCACUCCUCGAGAUGCUGCUGCGUCUGACAAGCCUGCAGGAGUUCGAGCAGACCACGCACCUGGCCAUCCCUGACCACGUCUUGAAAUUCUACCUUGGCGAGUCGGCGUCGACGAGCGGCCUCCACGGCAAGCAACGCUGGGCGGCGGGUGCCGAGGCCGAGAGGAAGGUUGGCUUUGAUCCCUACGCCGACCCGUCUGGCUGA